AGCACGUGCUUCCAUCAUGGCGGCCCCCGCUAAAAAGAUGGUCGGUGCUUCGGACUCCAGCAGCAGCGACGACGAAGAACUUAGAAGAUGUCAGGAGGCAGUUUGGGAGACAAAAACUAACAGGAACAAAGAUGCAGACAGUGAUGUCAAGGAGUCAAAGCGUGUCGUUGUCGCCGACCAUGAACAUGAUGGCAACGAGCUCCAGGUCACCCAAGGAUUUCGAACACACGUUGCUAAAAAAUUAGGGCAUUUCCUUGACAGUUGCAUUGUGGAGCUGCGGCCUGAAGCUUCAUCUUGUGUGGAAUCAGCAAAAUGUAGUGAUGAUGAUGAUGAAGGAUUUCGUCUGUUUUCAACAUCAGUUCCAGGACAAAAAGCUGAAGAUGCUCCAGCUCCUGCGAGGCGUCGGCCUGUUCAGAGCUCAAGUGACAGCGACAGUGAGAUGGAAAAAAGACUGAAGGAGGCAGCGGUGUCCGUCAAAGAUCUCCUACCCUCAUCGAUGCUGCCCUCUACGCUCUCACCUCAGUCGACAGAGCUUCCCUGCUCAGAAAAAAUCAAGAAGAAGAAGAAAAAGAAGAAAGUGGCAGAGGAAGAGGAGAGCCAUGCUAUUGUGAAAAAGAAAAAGAGGGAGCAGAAUCAAGAGGGGAGUGAACAGGUGGACUCUGCUGCUAAUGCUCAAAGCAACGGUGAGCACAAGAACUCAGAGCCGGAACACACACAAGCCAAAGUAAAACGGAAAAAGAAAAAGAGGCGUGAAGGAAACACAGAGGAAGCUUUGAACUGACUGUUUUUUAUGACAAACUGUCCACUGUUUUAGAUUGUUCCAUUCUGCUGUUGUGUGUUCAGAUGUUGUUAAGAUGUGGUAUUUAAGGGGGCCACUUUCGCUCUUUCAAACAUUUGCAUGCCAUGACUCAUGGUUAUACUUGAGAUAGUCUUUACUUUGUCAUGAAAGAUACUCAGUGUGAAAAAAACAUUUAAAGCAGUUAGUUAAAAAAAAUAUUGCAGGCAACAUGCGAGUGACAAGUUUCACCUGAAUUUACUUUUCUUUUUUUUUUUAAUAUUACAAAACAUCAUUUUAAUAAAAAAUACAUUUUGGUGUUGA